UUCUUUUCUCUUCAGCAGCAGAACGUAAACCUACACGGCAAAACAAGAUGGCCAGUUAUGAUGGCAAGGGUGCUACCGCAAAAGUGUACAAAGAGAUGUACAAUGGACAGUGGGCAGCGAUGAAGAAGGUUCAUGGGAACUGGCUGACCCGUGAGGACAUGGACAGAGAGUAUAAGAUUUAUAAGAAAGCAGAACAUCCAAACAUCGUAAAGCUGCUUGGGAGACCAAUAAUGCAUCACGAUUUAAAAUGGCACAUUCCAAUGGAGUACAUCUUUGGAGAAAACUUGGAGAAGAUUAUCUUCCAUCCAAGAAAUUCCAGCAUAAAGCUGAACACAACAAUCACGAGGGAAAUCAUCACAGGAAUGUGUGAAGGGCUGUUUCACCUCCACAACAAUGACACGUGCACCAAGACCUCAAGCCUGAUAAUAUCAUGGUGGAAGGCAGCACAUUCCGGGCUGUGAUCAUUGACUUGGACUUUGCAAAGUUUUACCGUGAUGGCCUCAACUCUGCCCAAGAUAGGGGGAAUCUUGCAUAUGCCGCUCCAGAGAUCCGGAGAAUACCUCCGGGUCAGCGCGACCAACGCUCAGACGUGUGGGCGAUGGGUAAGAUAAUCGCUGAGCUUCUCAGUGGAAACAGACUUCACCACACAAGCCCUGCUUACAUACAGGAUACUCUGAGGGGAAAUCUUUACUGUGACGUGGUCGCCAGGAUGUUGGACGGCAGUCCAGUACCGAGGGCCACUAUGGCAGAAGUCAUUGAUGAAAUAAGAGAGGCAGGGAGAGUCGCAGAUAGACGCAAUUCAAUGUCCAGUCCUCCUUACAUGUCAGUCCAGCAGUAUCAGAGUAGUGGGGAAAUGGAUAGUGGCUUUGGAUCUCUUGGUUUGCCUCCAAAUUUCCAUUUGCCACAUAAUUUACCCUCCAAUGGCACUGUUGAGUUUAAUUAUGCUCAGUUUGGCCAUGGGGGGAAACGGAAGUCAACCAUACAGGGAGAAGUGCGAAUUAGGGGUGGCAGACCACUUGAUGCUUGGUGGACAAGAGUAACAUCUGAGGAUCGACAUGCACUAGAGGAUUAGCUCCUCUAGGAAUUGAAAAUUUCCAAGCUCUACAUGCCACUUAGUAGUGGAGGGUGUACAGAGCUACAUGGGGUACAUCCACCUCUUUGUCUGAACAUUUACAGUAUAGCCACUGAUCAGCCAAAAAGCCACUGGAACAUAUAGGACAGUAUUCCUACUUCCUCCUUGGUAAUCUACCCAUCUAUCUAGUAGUACACCCGCCUUAUCAACUACCACUACACCACUGGCUACAGUGAAACGAGAGGUAUCAGAGGGGAAGCCUAGUGCAGCUAUGUGUCAGUAUUUUGCAAGCUAAGUUUAGGUGGGGAUCAACAUUUAUCCAACAACAUUAACAAGACAUUAAUAGCUGUAAUGAGCAGAUUUUAUCUAGACCGUUUACAAGCAGGGAUUUGUGUGUUUGAUGAGCAGAGUCGAAGGUGAGCAGGUACGCUCAAACUGCAGCUGAUGGCUGGUAGGCAUAUGUAAUUUGCAUAUAAAUAAGGCUAAGGUGCAGAGUUACAUCUAAGACUUUAUAAGGCAACUUAGACACCUGUAUCUGUGUUGAACAGAGAUGAGUUUUUAGGAGUUUAAACAAACACUUCACCCCUGAAAAUAUAAUGUGAUUAUGAAUUUCUUACCCUGUGUUAUGCUGAAAUCGCAAGGAAGAUUUGUUUUUGUUAAAUGCCUUCACGGUAAACUGUUAAGGUUUUAGCAAAAAUCCAUGCCUUUGGCAAAUACUUAACACACAGCUAGAUGAAUGAGACUUGGAUUUUCUGUACGAGUUGUGUGACAGUGUGUAAAUGGACGUUUUGAUAUAGUUUUGUUGUUGUUAAACUCGCUCCCCUAUGACUUCAAUUCAUCAAGAAUUUUCACCCUUUUUGGAUUCUUCAUUCACCGUGUAGGCAUGCGAAAAUAACAAAGUUAUUGUCAUGUAUUCAACUCAGCACGGGGUGAGUAACUGACAUACAAAUGGGUGGGUGAAGUAUUCCUUUAAUCAAUGCCUGGAGAGGAGCUUUAUCUAUGUAGAGGCUAGAGUAUUCGUAGUUUACUUCCUAAGUGUAGCGUGGUUUCUUGGUUGUUUUGAGUUGAUUGUCCAACAUAGGGACACUGGACAUUGUAAAUAUGGGAGUUGGGGGGAGACAUUAGUACACUGUGUCUUUCUAGUUUUUACUAUCAAACUCAUUUUGGUGGUUGAUACAUGGGAUAGACUCUUUCUCCUGAAAGUCUUAUGUCCAAAUGUAAGACGGAUUCAUUUUAAAGAAGAGAACUAUACUGUUUCAUUAUGGGAUGAGUUUGCCAAGCUCAUAUGUGGUGACAUAUACUGUGAUUUUAAAACUGUAAUGAUACUAAAUCAGUGUAAAAAUAUGAUUACCUGAAAUAAGCAGCUUUGUGCGAGAUUUAUUUUGUUUACUUUCUCUGAGUUCUCUUUUUGUAGUUUCCUCCAGCACAUUUUUACCUGUUUAAAAAGGACUAAGUAUAAAUAAAGUUCUUGUAAUAACUGCUUUGGAAUAAAUGUCCCAAAAAUAUAACACUGAAAUGGUAAUUUUGGUGUUUGGGACACAGUACAUGUGUUACUUAUGAAAUAAUGUAUGCCGUUAUGUGACGAUGCAUUUUGACUAUACUCAAUGUGUCUGUCAGUGACAUGGCUUGUUAAAAAUGGACAAAA